CUCCACUUACAACUCUUGUAAUUAUUCACUCUCUGUCUUUCAAAAUGCCCAGCUUAACCAAUACUUUAUUCAUUCUAUGGUUAAGCUUCUUGUCCUGUGUCUGCUUGAUACAUGCAACGGCAAUAUGGCCUGCAGGGGGAUCAGCUAGAUUUUAUGAUUUCAAGAUUUCAACUAUGAGAGUCACUAAACUGUGUAACUCCAAAGAAAUCGUCACAGUCAAUAACAUAUUCCCAGGCCCCGUAGUUUAUGCACAAGAAGAUGAUAGAGUGAUUGUCAAAGUCACUAAUCAAUCGCCUUACAAUGCUACAAUUCACUGGCAUGGGGUGAGGCAAAGACUCUCGUGCUGGUUUGAUGGACCGUCUUACAUAACCCAGUGCCCUAUACAACCAGGGCAAACUUUCACAUAUGAAUUCACAUUGGUUAAGCAGAAGGGCACCUUUUUUUGGCAUGCUCAUGUUUCUUGGCUUAGGGCCACCCUUUAUGGUGCUCUUAUUGUGUUUCCCAAGACUGGGGUCCCUUACCCUUUCAAGUACCCUUAUGAAGAGCAUACAAUAAUCCUUGGUGAGUAUUGGCUGCAGGAUGUAGUACAACUUGAGCGGCAAGUUACAGCUAGUGGCGGAGCUCCUCCACCGGCUGAUGCAUAUACCAUCAACGGCCACCCUGGUCCCAACUACAAUUGCUCCGCCAAUGAUGUGUAUAAGAUUGAUGUUGUCCCCGGGAAGACAUAUCUAUUAAGGUUGAUAAACGCAGCCGUAAACACGGAGAGCUUUUUCGCCAUAGCUAAUCACAAAUUAACAAUUGUGGAGGCUGAUGCUGAGUACACAAAACCAUUUGUUACAGACCGAGUCAUGCUUGGCCCAGGACAGACGAUGAACGUUCUCGUCACUGCUGAUCAACCAAUAGCGAAAUAUGCUAUGGCUAUGGGACCCUACAUGUCUGCACCAAACGUCUCGUUUCAAAACAUAUCAGCAAUUUCUUACUUUCAAUACUUAGGAGCCCUGCCUAACAGUUUAUCAUUUCCAGCUAAACUGCCAAGCUUUAAUGAUAAUUUUGCUGUUAAGACUGUCAUGGAUGGACUAAGAAGCCUAAACCCUGUUCCAGUUCCAAAAGAAAUUGACAGCAACCUUUUUGUCACCAUUGGAUUAAAUGUCCAAAAGUGCCACUCCAAAACACCCCAACAAAAUUGCCAAGGUAUCAAUAAUGGGGUUAUGGCAGCUUCAAUGAACAACAUCAGUUUUAUCAAGCCUGGUGUUUCAGUUUUGGAAGCUUUUUAUAACAAAAUUGAUGGUCAUUUCACAGAGGACUUCCCUGAUGCUCCCCUGAAAUUCUAUGACUUUGUCAAUGGGGCUCCUAAUAAUAUCCCUAAUGACACUCAAUCAUUGAAUGGGACUAGGACCAAGAUCCUUGAAUAUGGGACCAGAGUGCAAAUUAUCUUGCAAGAUACUGGAACCGUCUUCACCGAAAACCAUCCGAUUCAUCUUCAUGGCUUCAGCUUCUAUGUUGUAGGUUAUGGCAGCGGCAACUAUAAUCCACAAACUGUAAAUUUCAAUUUGGUGGAUCCCCCUUACAUGAACACAAUUGGAGUUCCCGUUGGUGGAUGGGCUGCCAUUCGAUUCACUGCAGACAAUCCUGGGGUUUGGUUUAUACAUUGUCACAUUGACGUACACCAGUCAUGGGGAUUAGCUACGGUAUUGAUAGUGAAGAAUGGGGAAGGAGAGCUGGAGACACUACCUCAUCCGCCUGCAGACUUGCCCAAGUGUUAGAAUUUAUAACAAAUUAAAUCGCACAAAAUGGGAUGAAUUUUGUGCAAUUCAAGUGUGUAAAGUCCAUGGAUCAUUGCUUUGAGACUAUGAAAUUGUGGGUGUAAAGAAGUAUCGAUUGGGAAAUUAAUAAAAUUGA